UCUAACCUCUAUCGGAGGUCUCUAUUUAUAUUUAUAUUUGUUAAACCCGUGAUUGGUUAAUGAGUUAACAGCUGUUAAUAAACUUCCCGCGAGAAAUUUCCACGCGUGCGCAAAGUAUUUGUUGGGUAUUUGAAUGUGUCAUUCGACAAAAGGAAUAAAGUAGAUUUUCCGGUUAUUAGAGAAGGAAUAUUAAGCAGAUAAUGAUUUAUGCGAAUCAGUUAAAUAAUUUAAAUAUUUCGUUUAAGGAAAAUUGCAUAUAAAAAGGGUCAGGAUUGACAGUAUUUGGUUCAUGCCUGUUUUUUAUAUAUUGUAUUACUGAGAAGAUCUGAUGUUAACAUGGAACAACCAAGGACGCCCAAACGAAAGACAAAACGACUGGAAAGCAGUUCUACACCGGAUCGAAAGGCAGAUGUUACGCUGCCUAGCCGAAACAUAGAUAUUCGAAAGAGAGCGACAAUGGCACCAUCUGAUUUCAUGCAAAACCAAACUUUCAGAAAACCAAUUUCAAGUAAAAGUUCUCUGGCACCAGAUUUCUUUGAUAAUGUGAAGAAAGUUGAGCUUGAGAAAGAUACGGAGCUUGGAUCAGUGUAUGAAAAAUAUCUACAGGCAUUAGCGACUGAGCUUAUAAUGAAAAGAAAAGUCGAAGAAGAGUCCAAAUCUAUGAUAAGUCAGUUAGCGUCUAUCACAAAGGAGCGAGAUCUGGUUGAGGAUAAGCUCUGUAAAAUUAAAUUAAGGCAAAUGGAUGUCAAUUAUCUGUCAAAAGCACAAAAUGAACUUGACGCCCAGAUCAGCGAUUUAUCUGAACUCACAGAUGUUGUGAAGAAUAAAUAUCCAGUCAAGAAGACCCUGCAAAAACUAAAAACUGUGCUGGAACCAAUAGAUGCAUUGCGUUGCAAGAAUAUCGUUUUACCAGAAUCACUUGAGAAAUGGAAAGAAGCUAAUGAAAAACUGAAAGAGACUCAAACUAAGUUAGAAACCAUAAAGGAACUUAUAGGAAAGAAAAAUGAAAGUCUACAGGAUGUGACGACGGGUGUUAACGAGCUUCUGGAAACCAGUUCGGAAAUUGAAAAGACAAGGAAAACGCUAGAAGAUACCCUUACUGCUACACAAAUCCUAGUUUUAAAGGAUGCAUCGAACGAACUACAAAUGAUAAAUAAUGACUGAUCACAGAUUAGAUAUCUAUAUACCAUAUUUCUUAAGUAUUCAGAGAUUAAGGUAAUUCCCUUCCGGUGACUAGCUUAUUAUUUCCUUCUUCAAUUUAAUAAAAUAUAUUUGAAACUCACUCUUUGUGAAUUCCUAGCUGAACCUAAUUUCUCUAUUUGUAUCAUAUUUAGGAAGUCAUCGUGUUCUUCUAAUAAACCUGAUUAUUUUGCACGGAACCUUUCCUUUAUGUAAAAGUGAAACAUUUUACAUCUUACAAAUAAAAGAUAUCUUAAUAAUC